AUGCAGAAGUUCUCCUUCCCCUUCUCCUGCAGUGGUCCUAGUCUGUCCCAGUGCAGUGAGGCCACCCCAAAGAGCUGCAUUCAGGUCAAAGCUAUGGAUCUUCUCAACCUCCAGGAAAACCUCAGUGAACCAGUCCGAGUUAAAGUGAUGGGCGUGUGUAAUGAGGUCCAAGGGAGUUCCAAACCGGAACAAGACCAAUGCACUACCCUAUUAUCGCAGAAGAAGAAUGUGUUUGAGAAGCUGACUGCAGAGAUGGAAGAUCAGCGGCCUGUAGCUAAGAGACAGCUGUCCUCUGAAAGUGCAGCCAGGACUAUUACUGUGGUGAAGAAGAGCGCCUUGAGGAAGGAAGGGGAGGUCAAACCCAAAACCAUCCUGGGAUCAAAGCUGGGCCUGCCCACAGCUGGGACAGGUAGGCGGAGGCGACGAAAGGACCUCUUCAGCAGCUCUGAGGUUUUCCAGCGUAUUGAUGAUCAUGUCAUCCGGGUGGGAGCUGAGCUGAAGGAGAAGUGUGUUUAUGAUGUGAAGACCAUAGCCCUCAAUAUCACACAAGGAGCUAGGACGGAGCUGGAGCGACUCAGAGCCAUCUGGGUUUGGCUUUGUCACAACAUUGAAUAUGACAUCAGUGGGUUUUUGGGACGCUCCGAAAAGUUGAGUUCUCCUGAAGAAGUGAUUGCAGCUGGACGCGGCGUGUGCUGUGGAUACUCCAGUUUGUGCUCAGAGAUGUGCAGGGAGGUGGGGAUCGAGUGCCAGGAGGUCCCAGGACACAGUAAGGGCGUGGGCUACAGACAGGGCCAGAGUCUGAGGGGCGUGAAGUCAGACCAUCUGUGGAACGCAGCGCUGCUCUCUGGACAGUGGUUUCUGCUGGACGCCUGCUGGGGGGCCGGACGCGUCGAUAUUGAGCACGAGAGCUUCGUCAAAAGAUUUGACGACUUCUAUUUCAUGACGGAGCCAGAGGAGUUCAUUCACUCACACUUCCCAGAUGAGGAGAAGUGGCAGCUGUUGGACUGUCCCAUCUCCAUGGAGGAGUUUGAGAGACGGGUGUUCAAGACCUCGGCUUUCUUCACUUUGGGGCUGAGACUCAUGAAGCCGCACCACUGCCACAUCCUCACCGAUGAUGGUGAAGCCAACAUCUCCCUGGGUUUCUCUCGCCCCACCACGUUCACCUUUGAGACCACGGCACACCAAGACCUGCUCCACUCCGGGUCCUCAGAGCAGCGGGACUCCACCAAAUCUUCAUUCGGACUUUUGACCAUCUCCCACCGCACAAUGAAGCUCCAACUCCUCCCCCCCGCCAGCGGAACGUACGGCGUCCGAAUCUUCGCUCGUCCUGAAGCUGCAACCACCAGCCUCAAGUGGGUUUGCUCUUUCACCGUGGAAUGUCCCACACCUCGAGCAAUGGAGGAGAUCCCUGAAAACCCGUUCUUAUCUUGGGGUCUACAGCCGAACGCGCAAGUGAAAGGUGUGUCUGGGAGCAGCUUAGGUAGCGAGCUGUUCCAAGUCGAGGAAGGGUCGUGUGAACUUGUGCUCAAAACAUCCCGUCCAUUGAUGCUAGUCUGUGAACUGGUGCACCCCCAACUAGAGCCGGCAGUCGCAAAACGCUGCCUGGCAACGCAAAUUCAAUCCGACGUCUUGACUUGCCACAUACUGUGCCCGCAACGUGGAUUCUACCGCUUAUCCGUAUUUGUCAGGGACUAUCAGAAAACAGACGUCAAAUUUCACAACGUGGGAAACUUCCUGCUGCAUUGCAAAGGGAAGCUGACGAGUCCUGACGAGCUGUUCCCGCCAAAUUUAGGCUCGGCAUGCGGUCCAGGCAUGCGCACUUCUGAAUUCGGAUUUUCCAAAUUCAGCCACACGACUGGGGUAAUAAGCAUGCAACAGGGCAAAUGCAACAUCACGUUUCACAACCAGCAGGACCUAGAGCUUCACACCGUUCUAAGCCGAAGCGAAAUCGUAAAAGAGGGCACGCUCUCUUUAUCCAGGUAUCUAUUUUGCACAUAUACAGAGAGCAAGGUGACUGUGAGUGUGUCCUUGCCUGAAAGAGGGUUGUAUAAACUGGGGCUGUACGCACGCACCACCCCAGGAGAUAACUUCAACCCAAUGUGCGAUUUUGUUUUGAGAAACGUCUGCGAUCAGCAAGGGCCGCCAUUCCCCUGCGUCUACUCAGCAUGGAGGAAAGGGUGCGUCCUCUUUGAGCCGAGAAUGGGACUUUUGGAGGCUGCAACUUGGGUGAGAUUUAGGGUGAGGGUCCCGGGAGCGCAGAAGGUGUGUGUGGUGGGGGAGACCCGGACUGAUCUGAAGCUGAACAAGAGCAGAGUCUGGGAGGCUGAUGUAUUCACCGUGGGAGGAGAUCAACCACUCAAACUGGCCGCAGCAACAGGGGAGAGCGCAGAGAUGGCCGUUAUGAUGACCUUUGACGUCAGGCCAGCCGAGAAGGAGUGA